AUGCCGUCACAGUAUCCCACUGCUGCUGACAAUAACUCAUCGUCACGCCCGUCUUCUCAUUCUGCAAAAUCAAAAUUUCGCCUGAAUUUUCUCACCGGACGGUCCUCAUCUUCCCAAUCUAAACCGCUUACCUGGUCGACGUUCUCGUUAUGGAAUGUAACGCUCAACCUUCAUGUGAACGAUAUAUUUGGGUUUGGCACUUUGGGUAAUGCUUUGCUUAUCCUAGCUACAACACAUUUUAGUUUUCUAGAGAGACAACCACCCUUCAUAAGGUGGGUUAUCAUGAUAUGGGAACUGGCAAUCGUUACUAUAUGUGUUGUUUAUAUUGGGCGAAUGGUCGACAUCGUGUUGGUUAUAGUGAACAUUAUGAACGACGGAGUAAGAGGAGUAGCUGAAGUCCUUCGUGUUACCACCCCAACCCCAAAAUGCUGA